CCCGCAAGCGGUACGCGCUGGAGGAGAGAUGCAAACACAAUAGCGCAAAGUUUACCGUAGAACGAAGUUUUUUCGCUGGUCCUUCAGAUCCUUGUACGAAACAGCAGAAAAAAGCCAAAAAUCUGCCAUGACAGGGUCUCAAAAUGGUGCCGGUUGUUGAAUAAAAAGCAAAGCCGUAGAAACACUGAACACAUCAAGUCCAGGAGAGUUUAAUGAAAAAAGUUGCCAACCGUCGCCAUUACGCACAUGCUGACAGAGCGAGGGUGGAUCAUCGUGCGGGGUGGACACAUCAGUCUUUUGAUCGUAAAUCACGGACCAACCGAAUCGCUGAACGAUGUGAUGCCUAUUAAUCACCGUCCCUAGGAGAGCGCUGUGAUUCGGGUUGAACUAAGACGUGAAGCGGAACCAGCUAGUUGAGGCGCCCGAAGAGAGGACAGAUAUCAAUCAAGGGCACUUCGGAGGGACACCGUUUCGUGUAUGCUUUCGUCUCAUCUUAUCAUCGCACCGGAAGGCUUUUAGCUUCCCAAUGAAGAGUUUCGCAACGUUCAUCACUUCGCACUACUCACGGCUGUCAUCAUCGUUUUUAACCCGCGUGCCGCAAUCGCCUUCGACAGCACCAUCGUCCUCAGCGUCAUUCUUCUGCUCAUCUUCAUCGAUUCCGGGUAGCCGUAGAACGUGAGAGUCUGGAUGCUGCUCCGUGAGAAUGUGCUGGCGCGAGUAGCCUGUUUGAAUCGUAACCUCAUCCGUUUCGAAACGCACAACCCUAAACUGUAAAAGCCGCAAAGCUAAACCAACCCAGAAUUUGCUACCCGGGAACUCCUCCGGGGGCCGCACCGACUAGGCGCUUGGGCAACAUAAAGGAGCCACGAGAAGCAUCAACAUCGUCCAGAAGCGAGGGCGCAGUCUGUGUUGUGGUGUUGUUGAGUGCCCGCGCGCCUUAAGAUGGGCAAUAAAUGUUGCAGCAAGCGACAGGAUCAGGAACUAGCGCUCACCUAUCCCGGCGGCUACAAGAAGGGCGAGAACAGCUUCAACUCGAACCUUUCCGGACCGAAGCACACUAAUGGCGGUUCGAUUGACUCACGUUACACACCAGACCCGAACCGGGGUCAGCUGAUAAAGCACCCGAAGGGAGGCGUGGACAUCAUAAGACCCCGAACGACACCGCUCUUGCCUGGUCACAAUACGCGUCGGAUAGUGGUGGCACUAUACAACUACAAUGCUCGCGAGGAAACGGAUGUCAGUUUCGUCAAGGGCGACCGGAUGGAGGUGAUGGACGACACCGAGUCCGACUGGUGGCGCGUAGUGCACCUGAAAACUCGCCAGGAAGGUCUCAUCCCGUGGAACUUUGUCGCCGAAGAUCGGAGCGUCAACAGCGAGGAUUGGUUCUUCGAAAAUGUUUCCCGAAAGGAAGCAGACAAGUUGCUGCUGGCGAACGAAAACCCUCGUGGCACAUUCCUGGUGCGCCCGUCCGAGCACAAUCCGAACGGGUUCUCGCUGUCGGUCAAGGAUUGGGAGGAAAUCCGAGGCUAUCACGUGAAGCAUUAUAAGAUCAAACCGCUGGACAACGGUGGCUACUAUAUCGCAACAAACCAAACUUUCCCCUCGUUACCUGCGCUCGUGAUGGCAUAUUCAAAGAAUGCACUCGGCCUUUGCCACGUACUCUCGAGUCCCUGCCCGAAACCCCAGCCUCAGGUGUGGGAUCUUGGGCCCGAGUUGCGCGACAAAUGGGAAAUUAAUCGCAGCGAGAUCCAGCUCAUUCGCAAGCUUGGCCACGGUAACUUCGGCGAAGUGUACUACGGCAAGUGGCGCAACAACAUUGAGGUGGCAGUGAAGACGCUACGCGAAGGUACGAUGUCGACGCAAGCGUUCCUGCAGGAGGCGGCCAUCAUGAAGAAGUUCCGCCACAGCCGGCUGGUAGCACUGUACGCCGUGUGUUCGAAAGAGGAACCGAUCUAUAUCGUACAGGAGUACAUGUCAAAAGGAAGCCUGCUCGAUUUCCUGCGCACGGGUGACGGCCAGUUCCUGCAGUUUGAGGAUCUAAUCUACAUAGCGGCACAGGUUGCGUCCGGUAUGGAGUAUCUCGAGCUAAAGCAGCUCAUCCACCGCGAUCUAGCCGCUCGCAAUGUGCUGAUAGGGGAGAAUAACGUGGCGAAGAUCUGUGAUUUCGGUUUGGCGCGGGUGAUAGCCGACGAUGAGUACUGCCCCAAGCAAGGCUCUCGCUUCCCGGUGAAGUGGACGGCCCCGGAAGCGAUCGUGUACGGCAAGUUUUCGAUCAAGUCAGACGUCUGGUCGUACGGUAUUUUGCUCAUGGAGCUGUUCACCUACGGCCAGGUGCCGUACCCCGGCAUGCACAGCCGAGAGGUGAUCGAGCAGAUCGAGCGGGGGUACCGUAUGCCAAAGCCGACCAACCACCACCUGCCGGAUGACAUCUACAGUCUGAUGCUGAAAUGUUGGGACGCGAUACCGGACAAACGGCCAACGUUCGAGUUUCUGAAUCACUACUUCCAGAACUUUACCAUCACCUCGGAGGUCCCGUACCGAGAGGUGCAGGACUAAGCGCUCUAGACAGACCCCUGACAGGUCCGGGCGCGCCAUGGUCUGCUCCUCCGGUAGAGGGGGCACAGGGUUAGAUACGUAAGAGUCCUUUUCCCUCGCAUUAUAGAUGGGAGACGUGGCGGAAAGGCACGCAAAGGUUACACCGGAAAACCUUGAUCGUUUUCUCUCUACCUUCUUCCCUUUCUUGCUUCCUGUGUCGCGCCCGUCCAAGCACAACGGUUAUUUGAGUUUUAUUUUUUGCUCAAUCCGUUCCACUUCAAAGGUCACUAUUUGCUACUAACCGUGGAAACACCUGAGUAUGAACCAAUAGUUAGAUGGCAAAGCAAGUGGAUCUUCUCCUGUUGCCAAUAGGUCGUGUGCGAGCUUCAGGUCAGGAUAAGGUAAAAAUUGACAGGCCACUCUUAGUGAUCUUUUAUGGUGUGUUUUAGAAACGCACACGCGUUAGCUCAAGACGAUUGCGGAUGUUAUGGCUUAUUGUCCCUAAAACGCCGAACGAAGUACAUCAUUCGAACAUGCAGUCACAUGUACGUGUUUGGGGGAUGGAUUUUGUUCCCGUGGGCAAUUAAUUUUAAUCACCCUUAAGCGUGCAGGAUCUAGGAAGAAACAUAGGAAUUUGGUGUCGCGCUUGCGGAGAAAUGGGUAUGAACAGAGAAGACACGGACUGACCUUUGUCAAAUCCAUCGUAUUCAUUAAGCAUCAACCCGAGAGACUCCUCGUAUAUCCAACAUAGUAACCGCGACGACAAACACAAAAAAAGUAUAAGCGAAAAGGAAAGACAAGCUAAGAGAAAAGUAUGUCGAACCGUCUACAGGAACUUUCGGUGCACCGAUUAGUUCCUUUUGCUGGAGGAUCGAUUUUACAUCCCAAGCAAAUGCUAAGAAAAUGAUUGGCACAAAGGAAAGACGGAAUGAAAAACCAAAGUUCAAAUGUUAUUCAUCUAAUUCUAAUUCGUGUAGGUUUUUGACAUUUAGUUUUAACGAAUACGAAUACGGUUUUGGGCAGAGAUCGACAAAAUUUAAGCCCCACUCUUUUGAAAUCCUAUUCUAUGUAGCCACCGUCGCCAGGACAACGAGGAAGGCGCGUAACGCGCUCGUAUCAUUAGCAACCCACGAAGCCAAUAUCAGCGUUAAAUUACUAGCAAAAGAGCGUUUACAGACAAUGACUAAAGAACUCAAAACAUGAAAAUAACAAAAUGGAUAAUCAUCACACGGUGUUCGCGCCAAACUUUUGUUUGUCGUUCUAUGGUUUUACUUUUCUAUGGGAAGCGAAAUGUUGCAGCACAAAAUCAAGUAAAAUCCAAUCGUAAUGGACAUCACGCUGACAGUGAUAUUUUGAUUUAAAUAAAAUAAAAGAGAAGAAGAAAAGAACUCACCACCAUCAUACAGAUCUUGCACAAUCCCGCAAAAUUCUGCUGCAAAGGCAAAACCAACGUAGAAGGACGCGCUUCUGGACGCUGGAGCCAAAUGUGUCUUCAAACUGCCAUAGAUAUGCAUUACACUAUCCAAUUUAUUUGCAAUUCUUAGUGCAUUAGCUCUGUUUCGGGUGUUCAUAAUAGAUAUGCAUUCUCUGAUGGCUAGUAGUGUGAUGCAAGAAUAUCAUUUUUGACGCACUGCUCUUUUUCCUCUUCUCGUCAUAAAAGGGCAAAAAAUAGACACAAAAGUGUCACAAAAAGAGGGACAAGAACAGUUUGUGGGGCAUCAAUUCAAAGAAAACAAUAAAAUCAACGGUGAAAAUAGCAAAACCAAACAAACAAACAAAAAAACAAACGAAUAUAACAACCCGAUACUAUAACAAACAUGAUGUGCAUUUGGACCGGUUUCGGCUAUCAGUGAAGAUGCGUUUUGCGGUGAUUUUCGAAAUGCGGUUCUUCUGAUACAAUUUUACCAAGAAUGGCAGUGGCAACUAGGAUGGACACGAAAGGAGGUAAACUCACAGUGACACUCACUACUACACACGCAUACAUUCAUUGACAAGUAGACAAAUUUGUGGAACGCGUAAAAUAAACGUAAGCAUAAGCUCUAAAUUAAAUUAGCUAUUUCAGCAUAAGUUAAUGGGAUGAAUGGAAAAUACCUAGUGACAGGAGGACAGGAAGAAGAGUCUGGGGAAGCUAAACUAUGUGAAGUGCAGUAGUAAAAAGAGAAGAAAAUAAAGCAACGCAUAAACGCAAAUCAUACCACGAAACAAUACAAAAACAGUACACAUUUUACGACUACAUUAUAUUUAUACCCCGAUACCCCAACGCGGAAAGUGGAUCGAAUGGGAGCAUUUACUGGCCGCCACUAGGAUGUUUGGUCUCUUGUUUACACUACCCGCGUAGGUUGCCACUACUCCGGGAGUCAUUUAUAAAACAAAGAGAAUAAACAGCCACCAACUUUCUUCUUUCACUCCGCCCAAAUGAGAGAAGCCGAUUUCAUCUGCAGUUUGAAAGUUUUUGCGAUAUUUUAGGAUGCCUCAUGACAGGAAACGAUGAAAUUUUACAGCGGUACCUAUUGUGUAUAUUCCCUGCGGGCACACUACCCGUUCUGAGGGCGUGUGUUUUUGACCCAUGUUAGCUAAACGUACGCACCAUGUCGCCUAACCCCGGACCGGACGUAACCAAUCCUGAGACGCCGAAGUACGUCAACUUUUAAAACGAAACCAGGCGUAGAGGUUAGGGUUGCAGUUUUAUAUUAGGAAAAGCAUGGCGAACGGCAAGCAGUACCGGUCCAACAGCAAAAGAACUUUGCAGGGUGCGUGAUUUCUCUUCACGUAAAACAGGAUAAAAAAAUGAAACGAACAAUUGUUGUUAUAUCUCUUUUAACUAAUAUAGUUAUAGCCACUUCAGAAAACAAACAACAUAACUUAUCCGACCAACGGUGGCGGAGGACAACACACCAAAACGAAGGUAUUUCAUAAUGAAAACGUUUCCAAUCAAUAAAACCAGCCAAUUCCGCACGCGAAACCGGUAUAUUGUGGAGUUCUUCACGUGAAUGUAUAGGGAAAAGAUGCAGAACCUACAAAACACAGAAAGUUUUUCCAUUGCCUACCCAACCUAAUCAAUACUUUGUACUUCAUUCAUCAAACCACAAGCAUGCGAAACUAAUGAACCGAGAUAAUACCAAAAGUAAAGUAACUAAUAAAAGAAAAUCUGAACAAAACUACUAUUACUACCAAUACUACGAUUAGAGGGAAACGAUCGAGGUUCUAGGGGCGGAUGCGAGAGUUCCUUGUUUUUUAAGCCACUGCAGCAUUUAGUUAUCCGAUCAGACGUAACGUGGAUAUAAAACCCAACUGAAUAUAAACUGAUGCCGCUAGAACAGCUGACGCAAACGAACCCAGUCGAAAGCUGCGUUACGGAACAUAUGCUAAGCAAUUUUAUACAAAACACCUGAUUGAUACUAAAUCCAUCGUUCGGAACCAUUUUGAACAGCUAAACGAUACCUACAACCGCGUGACGGACAUGUGAAUGGCUGCAAAACAUAAUGCCGGUGACGAAUUCUCCUACACGACUUCUCAUGCAGCAAUUUAAGCUCGAUGCGAAGAUUUUAUUUUAAAGAAAACACACUCUCAUACUUCUGGUGCAGGAAACACGUGGCCAGGUUUACGAUCUUGAAGAAAGCGUGCUGGUUAGCAUGAGCCCGUCUAUUGCCGAGAAAUUGUAAUUUGCGUGACCAUUCGACGCCAGUAACGUGUAGUAGCUGUUAGCAGUAGUAACAUUAGUAACAAACUUUCGCGUGCGUAUAUUUAAAGGUUUGUUCCACAUCGCACAAGCCGAGACAAAGCUUAACUAACGGAUACGGAUAUUUGUGCGCUGGUCAUUGGGUUAAGGAUAUUGUGCACAUACACACAUCGAAGCAAAAGCCAUUUCUUCAUCGUCGUGAAUGUGGCACUGGUCCCUGUGAGACGAGUUAUCCUUGUAAGAAUGUUUCCAUCCCAAUCCGAACGUCAGCGGUCGAUGAUCAUUUAGAGAUGAAGAAAUUCAAAAUCAAUGUUUUAGUGGUGUGUUGUACGAUAUGCUAAGUACUUUCAAGAGAAACCCGAAAUAAGCAUUGGGUGAGACGGUGAAGGAAACAUGGACGACGGAGGAGUCACUUUUAAUCCGGAAGUCUCCGCCCGGAAGUCUUGGUAGAGACACGGGUACUAACUAACUGCUUAGCGCGUAAGGCCGGUCAAUGGCAGGAGCUCUAAUAUGUGGGUGCGCGUGAGAAAAAGAGUGAGAGAAGGCAGACCAGAAGCUAAGCACAAGUGUGUGUCCACUGAUCGACGCUAGAAAGGCAAUAAAAGACGCAUGGAUCGA